CUGCCGACCUUCUGAACAGGCUUUGUCCUGCAUACAGGCAUAGCGCCUCUCAUCGAAAAGCCAACCGAAGCCCUCUUGAUGCAGUGAUCGAAGAUUCUGCGAACUGACGUUGGCUCGGACAGGUCGGCAACCAGGUUCGAGGUCUGGCUACUAAAUCAGUACCAAUCCUUGCAGUCGGCCCGGUAGCGACGCUGACACGCUCUCACACCUUCACAGCCACUCCGAGAGUCCGCACGCGUGGAUCGAUGACGGUCACUCUGACGGCGCCGCCGUGACAGUGAUCAGAGAGGUACAAAUCUCGUCUGGAUUCCGCCUCGUUCUGCUGGUCUCCCACUUCACUCAACCGCCACUUGCUCAACUACCAUUGCCGAUUCCCGCACCCACCUGCACUCAUACUCGCACUCAGCCCGCAUCUAGCAGCUUCCACGCAGUCCCAACGUCACCAUGCUCGGCAUCAAAGUCGUGCUGGCCCUCUCACCGCUCCUUACCGGUGUUCUUGCGGGCACCUGUGCUUUGCCGGACGACGCAAGCUACAACAGCGGCGAUCUUAAGAAAAACUACGCCAUCGCCUGGCCGGCAACAGCGGAGGGUCAACCCUAUGAAUCUCGGGUCUGCAGGAAAGCCAAGUGGCACCCGCUUGAGAAGGUUUACGACCACUGGAUUUGCGCCUACAAACCUGAUCUCUACAACCACGAUAAGUGCUCAGGCGAUUACAACACGUUCUACGAUUUUGUCGACCAACCUCAAAUCCCCAAUCCGGAAUACUAUUAUCAAGAAAGUUGCCACGACGACACCACUACCGACCCCCCACAAAGCAACGGCGUAUGGGUCUGUGGUUAGAUCUCGGGCAUGCCAUGGAAUACAGAGGAGGACGAGGCCCACUGGAGGGCUU